GUGUAAAGAAUGCUGAUGAGAAUGAGCUGAGGGCUAUAGCUUCUGAGCCUGACAACACUCAUGUGUACAACGUGGCAGACUUCAGCAUCAUGAGCUCUAUCAUAGAGGGACUGACCCAGAUAGUCUGUGAACGGGUAGAGGAGCAGGACAAGGAGAUCAAAGGAGAGUCUGCAGGUCAGGAGACACAGGGAGCCCCUCAGGACCUAGUGACAUCAGAGGUGACAGCCAGGAGUUUCAGGGUGUCCUGGAGUCACGCUCCCGGCAGUGUAGAGAAGUACCGUGUGGUGUUCUACCCUGCUACCCAGGGAGGACGGCCUGAAGAGGUAUACUCACUCCAUCUUACUCUCCCACCCAAUAGGGUUUUUGAUGUCCAUCUGCUGUAGGUGAAACAAAAGGGUUUGGA